UACAAUAAUAAAUUAUAACUCUCAGGUGGUACUAUAAAUGUUUAUAUUGUGUUGUGCUACAAAUAUUUACGAUGGCUAUGGAUUUCUUAUCAAGUACAUUAAAUUCCUCUUACGAAGAUAAUGAUGGAGUAAAUGAACGAAUUGAAAUUUGGUAUAAUGAUUUAUUAUCGAAUAUACAGAACAUAACAUAUGCAAAUAUGAGAAAAUGGAUUGUGAUAGUCUCAAAGUUGGGAUUAAAAGACGAUAAAUUAAACAAGUGUGGUCAGAGUAUUGUAAAAGAGUUUGAAUGUUUUAUGGAAGAUUUGGUGAAACAAGCAAUGGAGAGUCAAAAUACGUUAAUAGAUAAAAUAACAGAUUUAUUAAAAAAAUCUGAAAUACUUUGCAAACAACUUGCAAUGAAGAUGCCUGAAUAUGGUAAAACAAAUAUGGGACUGUUUGAUGAAGAACUUUCCUUAAAAGUUGCUGUUAAUAAAUUAGAAGAUCAAGUUCAAAAAAGGUUGCAAAAAGUGGAAGCUUUAAAUGAAGAGUAUGAAUGUACAUGUAAGCAAUUGAAUAUUGAAAAUUGUAAUAAACUAAAUGAAACGCCGUUACCUUCCUUGAAGGAAAUCAAUGAGUUUAAUUCUCUUAAAUUACACUCUCUAAAAUCGUUGUUAAAUAAGCGAGAAAAUCAAUACAAAGAGUUAAGAAAAAAUAUAAUACAUACAAUCAAUGAAUUAAAAAUUAAAUCUCCACUGUUGGAAGAUGAAGAUUUGCUCUUGGAUCAUGUGAAUUUUAUCUAUAGCGAAGAAAAUAUGCUUAAAGUAGAUAAUUUCCUUAAAACACUAAAUGAUAAAAAGCAAAAUAUCAAAAUAGAAAUUGAUGCUUUAAAACUGAGUAUUAUUAAGUUAUGGAAUAUGUUGGGAGACGCUUACGUGGAUACAAAAUUGGAUCUAAAUAAUUAUUCGCAAUAUAAUUAUGAUACCAUAGAAAUACUGCAAAAUGAAAUAAAGAAAUGUAAACAAAUAAAAAUGGAUAAUUUAAAGAUUUUUAUUAAUAGAUUGCGUAAAGAUUUAGUUGAUCUUUGGGAUAAGUGUAAAAUUUCUGAAAAUGAAAGAUCGAAAUUUGAGUAUAUACAACACACAACUUUAACCGAGGAAUUAUUAGAAUUGCACGAAAUAGAAAUUAGAAAGAUGCAAAACUAUUACGAAGAGAACAGUCACAUAUUUGAGCUGUUUAAUACUUGGGAAAAUUUAUGGACUAAAAUGGUUGAUUUGGAGAAGAAAGCGAAAGCUCCUAAUCGAUAUAGGAACAGAGGAGGUCAAUUGCUGAGGGAAGAGAAAGAGAGAAAUUCUUUAUCGAAGAAAAUUCCUAAAAUCGAGGAUUCGUUAUUGGAUCUCGUCGCUAAGUAUAAAACUAUAAACAAAAAAGAAUUCUUAUAUAUGGGUUACUCCAUUCAAUGCACAAUACAAAAUUUCAAGGAAAAAUAUGAAAAUGAGAAAAAAAUGGAAUUAUCCGUGAAGAAACAGUUGAGGGAUUUACCUGGGACGCCGAGUAAAGGGAUUAGCAUAGACAUGGGAAAGUUAACACCAAUAAAAGUUUCGAAUUUAACGGUUCUGAAGCAACAUCCUGGAACACCAUCGCCUACGAAACGAAAAAUGCAAUCUCCUCUGACUAUAAUAAAGAAAAACAGAGUUAAUGAUAUAUCUUAAAGUGGCAUUAGCGAUAUUUAUUAUGUGAGCAUUCUUAUUAAAACUAGAACUAUAAUUUAUGUUUAAAAUUCUA